CGAAGAAAGCGCCAGAAACAGCUGUGUGUAACUUCUACUUCUCGCGCGCUCGCAUCGUCGUCGUCGUCGUCUGUGGUACGAUGAUGGGUUGAGCUGGCUGCGGAACAUUCCCGUCAUCGUUUCCACGAACGGUAGUAGUGUCCUUUGUGCGUGCACGUGAAUGAGUGUCGCCCGUCGCCCGGAUGUGGUUGUCUUUGGUGCCAAACAGUGAUAGACGUGCCCCACAAGUGCUCCCUUACUGCAAUCCCGUAGUUCAAUCAAUAACAGAAAGAAGAGAGAAGGAAAAAUGCCGACCAUCAUAUCGAAGUUUGCGAAGAAAUCCUUCGACACGCUCGAAGGUUUCGGUUAUUCGCGCGAGCUCGUCUCCAAGGGUUUGGUGUCGGGCGCGAUCGCCUUGUACUGCCUGCGGCUAACCUAUCCGGUGGUGCGCGACAAGCUGGCCGCCACUAAAAAGUGUGAUACGGCGAACGGUGGUGGCCCGCUGCACCAGCACCACCGGAACGAGAACAACAACCUCACCAAGCGGCCGCCGCCGCCACCGGAAGACCCGGAGGAGAAGAAGCGCCAGAUCAUCCUCGAGAAGCGCAACCGCAAGGCCCGCAGCAAACAGCCCGGCCUCAACGUUGACUUCCUGCUGCAGCUCCGGCAGCUGAUCCGCAUCAUGGUGCCGCGCUUCCUGUGCGAAGAGUCCGGCCUGCUGGCCGUUCACACGCUCUGCCUGGUGUCGCGCACCUUCCUCAGCAUCUACGUCGCCUCGAUGGAGGGCGCGAUCGUGAAGUUUAUCGUGCGCAAGGACAUGCGCAACUUUGUGCUGAUGCUGCUGAAGUGGUUCGGCAUCGCCAUCCCGGCCACCUUCAUCAACUCGAUGAUACGCUACCUGGAGAACAAGCUGGCAUUAGCGUUCCGAACCCGGCUAGUGAACCAUGCGUACGAUAUGUAUUUCAAGAACGAGACCUACUACAAAGUGUCCAACCUGGACGGUCGGAUAGAGAACGCGGACCACCGGCUAACGGACGACAUCUCGACGUUCUCGAGCUCGGUAGCGCACCUGUACAGCUCGCUAACGAAGCCCUGCUUCGAUCUGCUGCUGAUCGGCAUCGCAAUGGCCCGUUCGUCCCGGCGAAUGAAGGCCAACAUUGUGAUGGGCCCGGCGCUGGCCACCAUCGUGAUCGGCACGACGGCGCACAUCCUGCGGAUAGUGUCGCCCAAGUUUGGGCAGCUGGUGGCCGAGGAAGCGAACCGGACCGGCUACCUGCGCCACGUGCAUUCGAAGAUCAUCACCAACGCGGAGGAGAUUGCGUUCUACGGUGGCCAUAAGGUGGAACACUCGCAGCUACGGGAAGCGUACUCGCGACUGGUGACGCAGAUGAACUCGAUCUUCACGCAGAAACUGUGGUUCAUCAUGCUGGAGCAGUUCUUCAUGAAGUACGUCUGGUCCGGAACGGGGAUGGUGAUGGUUUCGCUACCCAUCCUGACGGUCGGGGCCUCCAACAUGCCCACCACGCCCGAGCACUCCAACCUGAUCAAGUCGGACGAGCAGGGCGUCAGCGAGCGAACGCAGUACUUCACGACGGCCCGCAACCUGCUGCUGAGCGGUGCGGAUGCCAUCGAGCGGCUGAUGUCGUCGUACAAGGAGAUUGUGGCGCUCGCCGGCUACACGAGCCGCGUCGCCGGCAUGUUCGAGGUGUUCGACGAGGUCAACCGUGGGAUCUACCGCAAGACGACGCUCUACACCGAGGAGCGCAACCUGGACGGUAUCCUGGAGUUCCGCGAUGGCCAGCCGGUUGCCAAGGGGCGCAUCGUGUUCUCCACCGACGCCAAAGAUAGUACAAUUUCGCUCGAGAACGUCCCGGUGGUGACACCGAACUGUGACAUCGUCGUGCCGAGCAUCAGUCUGACGCUCGCCCCGGGCAUGCAUCUGCUCAUCACCGGCCCGAACGGGUGCGGCAAAUCGAGCCUGUUCCGCAUCCUGAGCGGCCUGUGGCCCAUCUACGGUGGCACCCUGCGCAUCCCGAAGGCGUUCGAGGGCAAGCCGAGCAUGUUCUACAUUCCCCAGCGCCCGUACAUGUCGUGCGGCACGCUGCUCGACCAGGUCAUCUACCCGGACACGCGGAAGGACAUGGAGGCGAAGAAGAUCACCGAGUUUCAGCUGCGUGAGAUCAUGCGCAUGGUUUCCCUGGAGCAUAUCCUUGAUAGGGAUAGCUUCGAUGAAAUUCGCGAUUGGAAGGAUACUCUUUCCGGUGGGGAGAAGCAGCGGAUGGCCAUCGCUCGGUUGUUCUACCAUAGACCAAAAUACGCCUUGCUGGACGAAUGCACCAGUGCCGUUUCGAUCGACGUGGAAAGCUGCAUCUACGAAACGGCCAAAUCGAUGGACAUCACGCUUCUAACCAUCACCCAUCGUCCCACCUUGUGGAAAUUCCACACUCACAUCCUGCAGUUCGAUGGCCAGGGUGGAUGGGUGUUUGAAAAGCUAGAAGACGGUGUCCUGCAGAAAGUUCCUACAACGAAAACAAACGGCCCGGUUGACGAAAAUCAGCAGCAGUGAGCAGAGAGGGUCACUCUGUGGAUGGAACAGGGCACUAGAAGGAGGAUAGGCUAGAAACAGUAGGACACACACACAGAGAAGCAUUCACACGAGAUUCUUUGGGAGAGUGUUUUGUUUAAGCGCGACAACUUGGUCCCGCAACGAAAGCAUCACGCCAAAAACAACCAGUCAAGAAGGGGAGGUUCAAGGGAAGCUAAACGAUGUGAUUCGGAAAGGGGUACGAGAAUUAUGUAGAAAGGGUACCGCCGCGUGUUAGUGUAAAGACCGACUGCUGACUCAGUGGCGGUUGUCUGUCCGAUCGGAAGUGGUGUACCAUGUUUGUGAAUAUGCUAAUUUAACGUUACUCUUUUAAUGUACGUACUUAGUGCAAUGACAAAUAAAGUUAACUGGAGAUUUG